AUGAUCACUGUUGCUACAUCCAGUACCAUUGAGCGGAUGGUUUCCCGACGGGGAAAUACAGAGACGAAACCACCUCGGGUAAUUGUGAACCUGAUGCCCGAAUCCAACACAUUGGUCAUUCUGUUCGGUUGGGCUGGAUGUCAUGAUCGGUAUCUGAAGAAGUAUGCGGACUAUUAUGAGAAAGCGGGGAUUUCAACUAUUCGUUACACCACACCAAUUCGAAAAGUACGCGGUUAUCCGUCCUAUCAUCGAUUCGCAAAAAAAUUCUACCGUGAAGUGUUCGAGAGAGAAGAGUGCCCGAUUCCUCUCAAUGUAUACUUCCAUUGCUUCUCCAUGAAUGGUUGCUCGACGUUCACGGCUUUCUGGGAUCUGCUGGACAAACGAACCGAUGGAGAUAAAUUUAAGGAACGAGUGCAAGGGAUUUUAUUUGAUAGCUCACCUGCUUUUACAACUCCAUCUCAAUCAGCUCAUGCAAUCUCGUUCGCUUCAAUGCCACCGGCUAGAUACCAUGCCGCACUGAGAGAAGCCUAUAGAGCUUUCCUUUACGCCUACUUUUCGGUUCAUCAUGGUUUGGUAUGGAUGUGGUCGCUUGUGGAAGAUGAUGUUUACGAGAAAUUCUACGCGUACUACCGUAUGCUAUCGUUAAAGGACUUACCAAGGAGACAGAUUUAUUUCUACGGCCCCGGAGACGAUGUGUGUUCUGUGGAUUCAAUCGAAGCAUUCGCUAGUGUUCAAGAAAAACAAGGUGUCACAACAUAUAAAAACAUAUGGAAGGAUUCGUUACAUUGUCAACAUUACCGUAGUCAUGGUGAAGAAUAUGAGAAAUAUUGUCUGGAUUUUGUUCUUCGUCGAGACGAACGCGACACCGACGUGAAUGCUGCCGAACUGAAUGAACCACCAUUAGUUGAGCUUUGUAAUUAG